GUGAGCCGGGAGAUGUCCCCUGUGCCCCUGACCCCUCUUGUCACACACCCCACAGAACCAGGUGAGCCAGGAGAUGUCCCCUGUGCCCCUGACCCCUCUUGUCACACACCCCACAGAACCAGGUGAGCCGGGAGAUGUCCCCUGUGCCCCUGACCCCUCUUGUCACACACCCCACAGAACCAGGUGAGCCGGGAGAUGUCCCCUGUGCCCCUGACCCCUCUUGUCACACACCCCACAGAACCAGGUGAGCCGGGAGAUGUCCCCUGUGCCCCUGACCCCUCUUGUCACACACCCCACAGAACCAGGUGAGCCGGGAGAUGUCCCCUGUGCCCCUGACCCCUCUUGUCACACACCCCACAGAACCAGGUGAGCCGGGAGAUGUCCCCUGUGCCCCUGACCCCUCUUGUCACACACCCCACAGAACCAGGUGAGCCGGGAGAUGUCCCCUGUGCCCCUGACCCCUCUUGUCACACCCCACAGAACCAGGUGAGCCGGGAGAUCACCUAUGCCCUGCGCUCCCUGCCCUGGAUCAGCGUCCCCACUGUCGCCCUGUUCUUCGCCGAGGUGCGGGGCUACAGCAAACUCUACGACAACAUCGAGGACUCCCCGUAUGGUUGGUCUGGUGUCUUCCUCAGCAUGCUGUCCUUCCUCUUCUUCACUGACAUGGGCAUCUACUGGAUACACCGUGGGCUGCACCACAAGCUGUUCUAUAAGCGCUUCCACAAGCCCCACCACCUGUGGAAGAUCGCCACGCCCUUCGCCAGCCACGCCUUCCACCCCGUGGAUGGCUUCAUGCAGAGCCUGCCCUACCACGUGUACCCCUUCCUGUUCCCCCUGCACAAAGUCACCUACCUGGGCCUCUACAUCUUCGUCAACGUCUGGACCAUCUCCAUCCACGACGGCGACUACCGCGUGCCGCGGCUGCUGCGGCACGUCAUCAACGGCUCUGCCCACCACACCGACCACCACCUGUACUUCGACUACAACUACGGGCAGUACUUCACCCUCUGGGACAAGAUUGGCGGUUCUUACAAGAGCCCCACGUCCUUCGAGGGCAAAGGCCCCCACGAUUACCUGCGCAAGCUGCGAGGGAAGGACCCGGGAGCGUCCAACGGCACCGUGGCCUCCAAGAAAAACCCGGGAGCGUCCGACGGCACCGUGGCCUCCAAGACUGAGUAGGCUCCCUCCAAAUGUGUCCCUUCUCUGGCUGGAUCCUCACCAGCUGCCCAAGACUGUUUUCCACGGACAAAGAGUCCCUGUCCCCGAUGACGUGACCAGCGUGGGGUGAUUUUUGGUGAGCAUCCGAACCUGCCCCGCUCCCAAAACGGAGGUGUCCGGCCGUGCUCCACACCACAGAUCUGCCCUGCUUUUCCUGCUGCUGCCCCUCCCAGCUCCCCCUGGAUCUCUGCUAAGGUCCCUGCGCUGCUUUAGUGCUGUGCUGAUGCUUUACAAGAAGAAUAACACAUGGCACAAAUAGAACAGUGAUUUGGCACAAAUUAACGUGACUCAUGGCAGGGUCUUUGUCCCACUGCUGCGCCCCUUUGUUGACGAUUCAUUGUUCCCAUCAUGGUGUCCAUCGGGACGAGCUGUAUUUUGGAAAAAAACCCCACCUUUUGGAGGUGGUGUGGCUUCUUCUGAUGGCUCCCUUGGUGGGACUUCUUGCACUCAGCCUCCUUCCUCUUGCCUGGGGAUGUCCCAUGGAAACAUCACGCCUGUAGGACAGAGGUGUGCUUUGAGUCUCGUGGGUCUCUCGAGCUCCCUGAGAACACUGAGGGGGAAGGGAGGAGGAACAGGCACCCAGAUGUGAGGGGCAGGGGCUUCUCCUCACUCAAGGGUUCGUGGCCAGCUUCCCCCCUUAAGGGCUAUGUUUUUCCUGCUGAAGUUUGGUCAUCCCACCUUUGGGGUGUUUGAGUGUUCAAUAAAUCUCAAUUGCCAACUUG